ACAGGGCAAGAGCCCGUCCAUUAAAAAGAUGGCAACCCAAAGUGUAGGGGAACCCAAUUGCACGGCGUGAACGCCAAAAAAGCGACUGAAAAGGGAACAGAUGCUUUUAUGUCUUCUCGUGGGGCUUAUUUGAGGAAAAUGUUGCUGUUGCUGACUUGCAGCCUCGGGGAGGGGGAGAACAGGCCGACGAGCCUGACGUGACGACCACGACGACUCGGCUUCCUCAGCUAGGAGAGGAGGAGCCGUCGGUGGUGCCCUAGGCUGGCGUCACAGCUUCUCCCUCAGGAGGUCCCACGCCCAGCCCUCCUUCCUCUUGUGGGCGCCGGCCGCCGAGGUCCGGGGCCUCUGUGGGAGGGAAGCAGGCAAGCUGAAUGUUCGCUAGCGGGACACGGGGCGGCGGGAGGGCGACCAAGACCUCGCAGCAGCCAGAGCUGAAGGCGGCGCGGGCCGCCAUGACCUUCGACUGGCUGCGCUGCCUCCUCCUGGGUUGCUGCUGCUGCUGCUUGGCGUGCCGCUGGGGCAGCAGCGCGCAGAAGGUGGGAAGCGGCGGCGAGUACUGCCACGGCUGGCUCGACGCGCACGACAGGUACUACGAGGGCUUCCCUUGCCCGGAGCGCUUCGACACGCCCGACGCCACGAUCUGCUGCGGCUCCUGUGCCUUGCGCUAUUGCUGCGCCGCCGCCGACGCGCGCCUGGAGCAAGGCGGCUGCACCAACGACCUGGAACCGGAGCAGCCGGCACCGAGCGCCCAACCAAUCUAUGUACCAUUUCUUAUCGUUGGAUCAAUAUUUAUUGCCUUCAUUUUUGUGGGCUCCUUGGUCGCAGUUUAUUGUUGUACGUGUUUAAGGCCUAAGCAAACAUUGCAGCAGCCAAUAAGAUUCUCUCUUCGAAGCUACCAGAUGGAGACUUUACCAAUGAUCCUGACUUCAGCUAGUUUAAGGACUCCAUCAAGACAAUCCAGUAGUGCAACCAGCUUAAGUUCUACUACUGGUGCCACUCGCAGGUUUUCAUUUGGCAGACCAGAAUCUGGAUGCUUAGUAGCAUCUUCACCUCCACCGUAUUCUGCAGGCUGUUUACAAAUGGGCCACUCUGUCCAGCUUUCUCAACCAUCUGGAUUUUUGGUGUCAACUCCAUAUUUCUCAUAUCCUCUCCACUCAGAGCCAUCUUUAACGGGGAAGAAUGUUCCAGACUUUAGCCAGAGCUGAAAGGAGUCUUCAAAACAAUGUAUUCAUGAAGAAGCACAAUUAAUUCCUGCUUUAUGUAGUUUUUGUUGAUGUAUACUCUGGUUAUGGGAUUGAAAACUAUGUGAAUGAGUGAGUUGCCCUUUUUAAAUGUCCAAAUCGUUGCCCAGUGGGUGGGUGGGAUCAAGAACAGUGUUGAUUUAAAACACUGAUGUUCAGCUUUCCAAAUAGUUUCCAAAUGUUUUCAAUAUUUUCAAAUGUUUUCCAAAAUAUUUUAUAAAUAUUUUGAAAGUACUUUCCAAAUCAAUAUCAAUUUAAAGCAUGCUUGACUAUAGGUACUGUCUAUCCAAAAUUAAGUUCUCUUCCAACUUCAAACUUAUGCACACUUUCUAGGGAAUAAGUCCCACUGAACUCAGUGGAACGCUUGCUUCUAAGUAAGUAUGCUUGGGAUUGUGCUGCACUUACUACUUAUUUCAAUGGGGAAAUUAAGACAUAUGCUUAGUAUUUCAAUCAUUGGAAUUUCAUGCUUAGUUUUCACUAGAUCGUGCCUUAAAUCUAAUUUCUCAGUCCGGUUGUUAAAAACAACAAAAAUACCUGUAGAAACAAUUUCCCCCAGAAUUAGUAUUGCUGAUUAUUAAAGGGAAUUGUUUUAUAAAUAGAUAUUGAAAAACUGGGCACGAAAAUUACACACAACAAAAUGAGAGGAAGUUAAUGAUUGGUACCAGAAACUUUAAAAACUCUGAGAUAAGGACACUCACAGUCCAAUUCUAAAACUUGCUGAGCCAGGGAAACAUGAUUUAGGAUGGACUGUUUUGAAUGUCUGACUUUAUGGACAGCCAUGCCAAUGCAGCAUUGCAUAAAAUGACCAACUGUGGUAGCGCAAAUAUUUAGAACUGGGAUGCUAGUACUGUAUUAGGAACAUUGAGCAGGAUAUUUUAAUCCUAAGUACGUUCUUACUAGACAAGUAACUAUGGACAAGCUUCUCAUAGUCAAGAGAUAAUUCAAGAUGUAAUUAAACUUAAAGAACUGUACAAUGAUUUCACAGAUUGCCAGUGUAAGGCAUUAAAAUGCUAAAGUAGUUUUAGCCUUAAAUAAUUUCUCAAGCAUGUAUUUAUUGUAAAAAAAUUUGUUCUGUGACUUGGAAAACAUGUUGAGUAAAAUGGUCUCAAAGUUUUAUUUGUUAAAUUAGCACUAUAUAAAAUGAUGUUUAAAAACUGCAAUUUAAAAUGUUUUGACAACAUUAACACUCUUUAGUGGUCACAGAUUUUCUUCCAAUAAAAACCUCUAUGGAUGAAAUAA